GUGACCUUUUAAGAAACCGGGCUAAUGUUCAGACUCUCUCUUGCUCUCUGUGACAUUGAAUCAUUUAGACAUAAUUUGGAAAAUUAUAUCAGCGAACUAAGUUUAUUGGAAUAAGUAAGCUACUAUAGUUUGAGUUCAUUUACAACAUUUUGCUCGUUUGGUCAAGUCAUGCCACCAGAUGUCACUGAGGGAUGCCGGCUCCCUGUUCUUCGGAAAAAUCAGGAGAACGUAGACGAAUGGUCCCUGGCAGAGAUCCUGAGUGUCAGAGAAAACACAGGAAACAAACUUUAUUACGUUCAUUACAUUGACUUCAACAGGCGUUUGGAUGAGUGGGUCGCCCAAGACCGGUUGGACACCACAACACUCCAGUUGCCCAAGAAUGAGAACACAUCAUCUGAGACAAAUGGGUUGCCUGACUCCGAGGCAAAAUCUGCGGACGUAGACGUACCAAGAGGACAGCAGUCUGACAGUCAAAAUGGCAGUCAUCAAUCUGAUGACCUGAAAGCCAUCAAAAUACCAGACAAGGCGUCAGAGUCUUCACCCUCCACGUCACAGGCAUCCACAACGGUGUCAUCAGUUGAUGUUCAUGAGGCCACAGAGGUCAAAGAUGAUGAUGUACUCUUAAAACAACCCCCAAAAUCAGCUUCUACUCCUAAAGUGAAUGGGCAUGAGGAGGAUGACCACCACCACCAUCAUCAACAACACAUCACCCCCACAUGCAAUGGUGGAAGCCAUCGUGCAGCUCACGCAUGCAAGGGUGGAGGAAACCAUCGCGCAGUUCCUUCCAGGAGAGGUCGGAAAAGGAAAAUCAUCUGCAUGCUGCCAGAGGAGGAGUCCCAGGACAGCUCAGAUGCCCUGGCCGCCCUCCGUGCAUCGCAUGCCACUGGCAGCAUGGCCCCCGACCAGAAACAAAACGACAUUGUGACACGAAUGAAGAACAUCAGCUGCAUCGAACUGGGACGUCACCGACUGAAGCCUUGGUACUUCUCCCCUUACCCCAAAGAACUGACCGCCUUGCCAGUGCUCUACCUUUGUGAGUUCUGCCUCAAGUAUGUGAAGAGCCUUACGUGUCUGGGCCGACACCUGACAAAGUGCCCCCUACGCCACCCGCCUGGAAAUGAGAUUUACCGUAAAGGAACGCUCUCCUUCUUCGAAAUCGAUGGCAGGAAGAACCCGGUCUACGCACAGAACCUCUGCUUUCUGGCCAAGUGCUUCCUAGACCACAAGACCCUCUACUUUGACACCGAUCCAUUCCUGUUCUACGUGAUGACCGAGUACGAUCCCAAAGGCUUCCACAUCGUGGGCUAUUUUUCCAAGGAGAAGGAGUCGGCUGAAGAUUACAACGUGGCCUGCAUCCUAACGCUACCCCCUUACCAGAGGAGAGGCUACGGGAAACUGCUCAUCCAUUUCAGCUACGAGCUGUCGAAGAUCGAGGGCAAGACGGGCACGCCCGAAAAGCCUCUCUCGGAUCUUGGCCUGCUCUCCUACCGGUCCUACUGGUCUCAGACCAUCGUGGAGAUGCUGCUCAACCUGCUGUCGGAUUACGGAGAGUGGCCGCACAUCACCAUCCAAGAGAUCAGCGAGAUGACCAGCAUCAAGAAGGAGGACAUCAUCUCCACGCUGCAGCACCUCAACCUCAUCAGCUACUACAAGGGCCAGAACGUCCUGAUCCUCACUGAGGACAUUGUGAGGCGCCAUGAGCGGGCUAUGCAGAAGCAACACCUGAGGAUUGACCCCUGCUGCAUGAACUUCAACCCCAAGGACUGGACCAAGAGGGGUAGAUGGUGAAGCAGCAAGUGUUUGUUUCCAUUCUCUUGCUGCUUAUUGAUUGAUUGAUUGAUUGAUUGAUUGAUUAAAAUAUGGUCCCAAGGUGGAAAAAAACA